CUCGUGGGACUGCAGUAAAAAUGUCCCUUUACCCGUCAAUUGAACCUUAAAUUAACUACUAAAUAAGCCAAAUUUAUAUAUUUCUUAGGUAGAACUAAAGAGACGGCUUAUGAGUUGAAAACUGGCACUGACUAAUGGGUAGAUAUUGCAUUUAUGAGGUUUUGCCAUCCUAGUAAGGCUUCUUUUGCCCUCUUAUCACUAAGAUGUUGUGUUGAUACGUAUCUAACACAUUCGUGCGUUCAAUGUGAUUUUCUAGGAGGAAUUUAUUUUUAAGUACUGCUUUCACUAAGAAGAGAUCUGCCGGUAGCUGCUCAGUCGGGGGGUGAUGCUGCGGCAGCACUCGGCGGUCGGUGAUGAGGUUGAAGAGGGACGCUGUUUCAGCGCUGUCUGUGUGGCACUCGGAUUUUUUGAGGAAGUCAGGAAACUGACGGAGAUGGGCGACAAUGUGCACGGCUGUGCUUCGUAGCUUUCCCCCCCGGUAUGAGCUGUGUUACAUGGGAUCUCCUUCGAGUCAGCAUUCGUGGAGAUGGAUCGUCGUUUGUGUACGGAAACAACGGACUCGACGCUAGCUCGCUAGCUGGGCUCCCUAAUGCUUUCCUCUGGUGGAAAACGAUACUGUGGAGUUCAUACUUCCGAGUAUUCUCGCUUCGGGUUGUCUUUUAUUACUGGUAACCAGAUAAACGGUUAACUUUACUAGUUCAUCGUCUAGCUGCAUUAGUUAGCUGACUUUGGCUUCUAGCUAACGCCAUCCCAAACUAGUUAAGCUAAUUAACGUAACGGUUAAAAAACCACCAGAGUAACGUUACACAAUUUUUAUGACAACGACAUUUCUGAGUUUUUCUUCCCUUUUUGUUAUCUUAAAUUUUGACUCGCAAUGACUGUUAAUCAUGCGAAAAUAUCUGUAUGCAUUUCAUCUUUCAGAUGAACAAAGUGCUUCAUUCCGGUAGCUUUACAGUUUGGUCAUCUUCCGUUGUGACGUUGGAUUAAAAACUACAUUUCUUGCAUUUGUCAAACAAAAAAAACAUUUAAAAAGUGCUGUAACAUGUAACGUUUAGAUUUAAUCAUUCGUUAUAGGCUGAGUAGAAACUUCACUACCUCGCUGAAAGGGACUGGGAACAGACUUUAAUUUUAAGCCAGUUUUCUGUCAUUUUCUUUACUCAUUUCGGUUCAGAUUUAUCAAAGACGUGUUAACAUAUGGCAGGAGUGUUGGCACUAUCAGUGCUCUAGUUUUUUGUUGUUGGGAUUUUUUUUUUAAAUUUUUUCCCAGCACAGCCACAAUAAGUGUAGCUCAUAACUACCAGGGAUGCGUCUCUCCUCAUUUUUGGCCCUGUUCAGGCCUGCUUUACCCCUUAUCCUGGGGCUGUCUCUUGGAUGCAGUCUGAGCCUUUUGAUGGUGUCCUGGACCCAAGGAGACACGGAGGACUCCUGUGGAGAUGAGCUGGGCAAUGGCAGGCGGUUUUUGGGUGGGGGAGAGGGCCACAGAGAUUCAAGAGAUGGAGCUGGAGACGCAGACUUUCAGCCACGCAUAGUGCCCUAUCACAAGGACCCAAACAAGCCGCACAAGAAGGUCCUCAGAACACGAUACAUCCACACUGAACUGGGCAUCAGAGAGCGACUCCUGGUGGGCGUGCUCACUUCUCGGGCCACCCUCAACACGCUGGCCGUAGCGGUGAACCGCACAGUUGCCCACCACUUCCACCGGACCUUCUUCUUCACAGGCCUGCGCAGCCCCAAGGUGCCUCACGGGAUGACUGUGGUUGCCCAUGGCGACGAUCGCCCGGUGUGGCUGAUGUAUGAGACGGUACGCCACCUCCACCAGCACUACGGCUCGGAAUACGACUGGUUCCUAUUAGCCCAGGAUGACACGUACAUGCAGGCGGAUCGGCUGUCGGAGCUGGUGGGCCACCUCAGCGCAGGUCAGGACCUGUAUAUGGGCAGGGCAGAGGAGUUCAUCGGUGGUGAGGAGAAGGCACGUUAUUGCCACGGAGGCUAUGGCUACCUGCUGUCCCGCAGUCUGCUUGCCCGUCUGCAGCCCCAUCUCGACACCUGCCGCAAUGACAUCCUCAGCGUGAGGCCUGAUGAGUGGCUGGGCCGCUGUAUUAUCGACUACCUGGGUAUGAGUUGUGUGGAAGUGCACCAGGAGAUGACCUACCGUUAUUUUGAGCUUGGGAAAAAUGCAGAUCCAGAGCGUGAAGAUAGCCCAGAGUUUAAAAAUGCCUUCACAGUGCAUCCUGUGUCUGACCCAAAUCUCAUGUAUCGACUGCACAAACGCUUCAGCCACAUUGAGCUAGAAUGGACUUACCUGCAGAUCCAGCAGCUGCAGAUGCAGAUCAGUAACCUGAGUGACCUGACACCAGAGGGCAAGGCUGGAGUGACGUGGCCGAUAGGAAUCAACCCUCCCUUCAAACCCAGGACGCGUUUUGAGGUCAUAAACUGGGAGUACUUUACGGAAGAGCACAUUUACUCCUGCGUCGAUGGCUCCCCCAAAUGUGAGUUGAGAGGUGUCAACCGCGCAGACGUCAAUGCAAUUCUAGAGAUUGCGGUCGAGCGUCUAAACGAGCGCUACCAGCCACAGCUACGGUUCCGCAAGAGGCGUCUGCUUAAUGGGUACCGUCGCUUUGAUCCCACACGUGGUAUGGAGUAUAUACUGGACCUCGCGCUGGAGGCCUACACCCAGAAAGGCCACAGCCAGGUCAUUGCCAAACGAGUCAACCUGCUGCGACCUCUAAGUUCAGUUGAGAUUAUUCCCAUGCCUUAUGUGACAGAAGCGACACGGGUGCAGGUCAUCCUGCCUGUCACCGCCCAGGAUCAGGACUAUGUUGGGAACUUCCUGGACAUGUACGUGAUGAACACUCUGGACACCCAUGACAAUGUUUUACUCACGUUCUUGUUCAUCUACGAUCCUUUCGAUGCGCAGAGAGUCAGUCAGACUGACGUGUUUGCUGGCGUCAAGGCUAUGAUUGGGGAAGUGGAGAAACGCUACGGAGACGUGAAGAUCCCCUGGAUCAGUGUGAAGACCGAGGUGCCCUCGCAGGUCAAGCUAAUGGACAUCAUCUCCAAGAAGCACCCGGUGGACACACUAUUUUUCCUGGCCAGCGUUUGGACAGAGGUCAACGCUGACUUCCUGAACCGCUGCAGAAUGAAUUCCAUCAGCAAUUGGCAAGUCUUCUUCCCCAUCCACUUCCAGGAGUACAACCCAGCCGUCCUCUACCGUGACCAGCAGCCCUCUGCUGCCUCCUCCUCCGCUGCUUCGGAGUCACUGCGAGACGGCCACUUUGACCGGCACGUCUUCGACGAGGCCUGCUUUUACAACGCCGACUACAUGACCGCACGGACGAAGAUGGCUGCCGACAUCCUGGAUAACGAGGAGCUCCUGGAAAGCAUGGAUGUGUACGACAUCUUUGUCCGUUACUCGGGCCUGCAUGUGUUCAGAGCAGUAGAGCCGGCGCUGAUUCAGAAAUACGUGCGGCGGACGUGCAAUCCCCGCUUCAGCGAGGACAUCUACCACCGCUGUGUUCUCAGCAACCUGGAGGGUCUGGGGUCACGCUCGCAUCUAGCCAUGGCUCUGUUUGAGCAAGAGCAGGCCAACAGCACAUAGAGCACAUAGAGCUUGGACUGAAGGACACUGAAUGUGAUUUUUGUUUCCUUUCUUUCUUUCUUUUUUUAAACGUGGUACUUCUUGCAUCCACACACUGAAAUUCUCACCCCUGAACAAGGUGGAAAGAAGUCGGGACUGUUUUUGACACUCCAGCAGCUGCAAAUAAACCCUCUGACUUAUGACUGUGUAACUUUAAACCUGUCUUGUCCAGACCUGUUGAACCAUUACUGAUGUUAACGUCACUUUGAGAAGCCGUUACUUGUAUUCCGGUCGAACAACAAUAUUUAUAGCCCCCCCCUUUUUUUUUUUCUUUUGUUUUUUUAAAGACAAUAAUAAAUUAACAUAAGCCUUUAUUGUUAGAAAUGAAUAAGAGGGGAAAAAACUUGAGCCAUAAGUCUUCCUUUUGUGAGGAUUUUUUAAAGUAAUACUGAAACAAGCUGCCUUUUCUUUAAACUUUGUGCUCUUUAAGAGGUAUUAAAGAGUGAUACUUCUGCUCAGAGUUGUUGCUUCAUUCAUUCAAGCUCACAGUGUAAAAGGCUCAGUCUCAUUAGUCAAAACGCAGCGUGCUUGGACAGUUAUUCCUGGAGGUAUCUGUUGUCUGCUUGGCAGAGCUGAAGAAAAGCCAGAAAAGAUUCUGUGGUCAGUAAAGAUGGUGUGUUCACAUUCACAAUAAUGUGUCUUGUAGUGUUCUCAGUUUUCCCAAAAGCUGCGUUGCAGAGAGCCCCAGAGGCAGUGAACAGUUUGUUCCAAAGCUGCCUGCUCGUCGCAUUAAGUCAGUGAAUCUCCACCCCUGCCCGGGCCUCCUUGAGUUUUGGCAAGCGUUCUGCAUGCACGUCUUUUUUUUUUUGGGGGGGGGGGGUGAACUCAGUGCCCGGAGGGAGGGUCGGGGUCUGCAGCGGCUGAGGUGGUUAACCUUGACAUGGCGGUGGUUAAACAGUCUGAAAGGCUUACUUCACUCACCUUUCUCCUGUCGGCUCGGGAGAACAGAGAAGCAGCAGAGUUAAAGGAGCUCUUUCUGAGACGGGAGCAAAGCUGCAGUCAGCAUUGCAGUCAGCAUUACAGCCACUGCUGCAGCUCCCCGUUGGAAGCGCCUCCACCUGCUUCCUCGUGGUGAGGCCAGUGAACAAUAAAAGGCCUGUGUGCCACCUCUGAGGAGCGCCUGGCUCAUGGAAGAAACGAAACCCACCAAUGAGGCAGGGCACAAAGCCAGAGUGUACGGCAGGGCUGUGCAUCCCCCCCCCCCGCUUUAUUCUGCAGCUAAUUGAAGAAACUGAAAAAUUCAAAAGGCCUUUACAAUGACAGAGCUCACAGAGACUGGAUUCCCUGUGAUCACGUGUGCAUUAGCUGGGGUUUGAUUGCAGGGGUGAAAAGCAAAUCAGCUCACACAAUACAGAAUCACUCUGCUGUUCACUAAGCCAGUAUUAAAAGGACACUUGACCCUAGCAUAUAAUCCAUGCCUUUCUCCUCUGCCCUGUAGUUUAGAGUUCUUUCCAUUUUGGAUGUAUCACCUGUAGAGAUGUCAGCUUUCUAUUGAAUAUAAUAGAACUUAAUGGCACUCAGCUUGAGUUGCUCAAAGGGCCAAAAAUUACAUUUAAAUAACUCAGCAGCUAAACCUGAUCAUUG